AUGUGGAUCCAGACAUUUUCAUCUACAGCGCUGGGAUCAGCUCGUGCGAGAAAGGUGGCCAGUGGCAGCUUGCAAUUGCGUUGCUCGGCGAGAUGCGGGAGGCGAAUUUGGAGCCCGACGUCGUCUCAGUCCUACAGCGCUGCGGUCAGCGCGUGCGAGAAGGGUGAGCAGUGGCAGCGGGCUCUUGCUCUGCUCAACGACAUGCGGGAUGCGAAUGUGGAUCCGGACGUUCUCACUUACAGCGCUGGCGUCACCGCGUGCGAGAAAAGCGGGCAGUGGCAGCAGGCGAUGGCGUUGCACUGCGCAAUGUGGGAGGCGAAGCUGGAGCUUGAUUCCAUCAGCUACAGCGCACAAAUCAGCGCCUGUGAAAAAGGCAACCAGUGGCAGCAGGCUCUGGUGCUGCUCAGCGAGAUGUGGGGGGUGACGUUGGUGCCCGACGCAAUCUACCAAGCUGGAGUCGGCGCGUGCGAGAAAAGCGAGCGUGGCAUUCACGUGUUAUCGUUGCUGAGCGACUUGGUAGCUGAGCGGCAUCUUGGUAGCUGA